UUUUUUUAAUUACAUUGGAAAAGGCCUUGUUUUUUAAUUCAUUACCAUUUACCAAUAUUACAUUGUCUCUCUUAAUGCAAAAAAAUUUCACGUGCCGCUGGCGUCGCCGCUCGUCACCGUUUUCACAGUCGCCGCCCGUCCCUUCGACCAGUCGCCGUCGUGGUCCGCCGAGCACGUUCGCUGCAGGAAUCCCUUCACAGCAGUGUCGUCGUCGUCGCCAUCGCCGUCACGCAAGUGCUGGUACUGUCGCCGAAAUCCCUAUUUGGAAUUAGUAAAUUUCGAGCAUCGUAUCUCACAUAUAGAUAAGUUGUAGGGUAAUUUCUUAGUUCUUAUGGCCUUGAUCCUAGCUAGAGAAAGACUAUUGCAAUCCCGAUUAUCCACAAUUUUUCCUUUGAAAUCUGGAUUAGUUUCAGCUUUGCGGAGCUUUGCUUUGAUAUCAGCUAAUAGUGAGAAGCUGAUCUUCCUAAAUUUUUUUGGAAACCCUAGAGUUGCAGAGUUAUGGUAUAGAAAGUCUCAAAUUCCAUUUUUUCGCUGUGUUUCUACUUCUGCACACCCCACAAAAUUAUGUUGGGGAGGUUCAUCUUAUGAUGUGCUAUUGGGAAAGCUCGAACUUGCUUUGAAAGAUAAUCAAAUUGAUGAAGCAUGGGAGUUGUUUAGUGAUUUCAGAAGGCUUUAUGGUUUUCCAAAGGACAAUGUUUUGCUUAUGUUGGUUUCUCGAUUGUCCUAUACUUCUGAUUGCAAUAGGCUACAAAAGGCGUGUAACUUGGUUCUUCAAUUCUGGAAAGAGAAGCCAGUUCUAUUGCGACUUGAUGCCUUAACUAAACUUAGUCUUGCAUUGGCGAGAUCCCAAAUGCCGAUUCCUGCUUCAGAGAUUCUUAGAUUGAUGCUGGAGACGAGGAGAAUACCGCAAAUGGAACUGUUGCAGCUAGUUAUUCUGCACAUGGUGAAGUCAGAGAUUGGAACAUAUAUCGCUUCUAAUAUUUUGGUCCAGAUUUGUGAUUGUUUCUUACGACAGGCUACAAGUAGAAAUGACCAAGCCAAGUCGAUGAAACCGGAUACUAUGCUAUUUAAUCUGGUGCUCCAUGCUUGUGUCAGGUUUAAACUAUCUUUAAAGGGGCAGCAACUAGUGGAAUUGAUGUCUCAAACUGAGGUUGUUGCUGAUGCGCUUACAAUUGUCCUAAUUGCACGGAUUUAUGACAUGAAUGGUCAAAGAGAUGAGCUAAAGAAUUUGAAAAUCCACAUUGACCAAGUUUCGCCUUCAUUGGUUUGUCAUUAUUGUCAGUUCUAUGAUGCCUUGUUGAGCUUGCACUUUAAGUAUGAUGAUUUUGAUUCUGCUGCUAACCUUGUGCUGGAAAUAUGUCAAUUUGGUGAGUCUACUAGCAUUCAAAAACAUUGGAGGGACUUGCAGAAAUCUAGCUUUGUUCCAAUUGGAUCAUGUCAUCUAAAGGAUGGAUUGAAGAUAAAGAUUAUGCCAGAACUACUGCAUAAAGAUUCUGUUCUCAAUGUGGAAGUCAGACCAGAGUUCAUAAAUUGUAAGAAUGGGAAGCUUGUUGCGAGUAAUAAGACUCUCGCUAAACUCAUUAUUGAACUCAGGAGGCUUGGAGAAACUUCUGAGCUCUCAAAACUCUUGCUUCAAGUUCAAAAAGGGUUGGCAUCAGUUGAAUGUUCUAAUUUGUGUUCUGAUGUAGUUAAAGCUUGCAUUUGUUUAGGUUGGCUCGAAACUGCUCAUGACAUUUUGGACGAUGUUGAAGCAGUUGGCUCUGCAAUGGACUCCAUGGUUUAUUUCUUGCUCUUGAACGCAUAUUACAAAAAGGAUAUGCUCAGGGAAGCAAAUGUGCUGAAAAAACAAAUGGCAAGGUUUGGCCUGUUCGUCAGUAACACUGAAGACUUGGCUAACUCUACGUGUUCUUCCAAACUAGCUAAUCAAAUUUCGCUGCCCAUAAUCAAAGCAGCUGCCGGCAACACAUCUCUGGUUGAAUCUCUAGUUCAAGAAAUGAAAGAGACUAAUUCACAUUCUAGAGUUUACAAGUUCAAUUCCUCCAUUUACUUUUUCUGUAAGGCCAAAAUGAUUGAGGAUGCCUUACAGGCCUACAAAAGAAUGCAACAAAUGGGCAUCCAACCUACCGCACAAACUUUCGCCAAUCUAGUUUUUGGGUUUUCUUCUUUGCACAUGUAUCGCGACAUAACGAUCCUAUGGGGUGACAUGAAAAGGAGAAUGCAGAGUGCACGUUUGGCAUUGAGUAGAGAUCUGUAUGAGUGCUUGUUGCUGUGCUUUCUUCAAGGUGGUUACUUUGAGAGAGUGAUGGAAAUUGUUGGACAUAUGGAGGAGCGGAAUAUGUACACUGACAAGGGGAUGUACAAAAGCGAGUUUCUAAUGCUUCAUAAGAAUCUUUAUAGGAGCCUAAAGCCAUCAGACGCCAAAACUGAGGCACAAAAGAAAAGAUUGCAGGACGUUAGAGCAUUCAAAAAAUGGGUUGCCUUAUACUGAAAUUAUACAUGAAGCUUGAAACUGGUGUGAUAAAAAAUCAUUGUCUAGAUUUUCAUAGAACCGUCCUUGAGCCUGGUUGAAGGCCAUUGAAAAAAUUUGUCCGAACUAGAGUUCAAAGCAAAAGAUCUUAUGUUUAGUAAAUUGGAAAAAUAGUGAGACACAUCUACAUUUUUUCGACGUGAUUGAGUUAUGUACAAUGAACGGCCGCCCGUCCAAAUUGCUAAUAUUUUCUGCUCACAAAUUGAUCGAAACAGUCGCAGUUUGCAGCCCAGGUUGUUGGAUUUCAUCUAUCAAAUGAAUUUCUAAGAGCAAGAUGCAGAUAUAUUAGGAGAAGGACAAAAACGAGGACAACAACGACCUUCAUGACUGCAGUGCUGCUCGAUCUUUAGGUGAACCAUGGCAAGUCGUCAGGUUCUACAUGGGACAAAAUCUGAAACAAGCGAACCAUCCUCGUGUCAAUGAAACACUGUUAUUACUGACCUGGUUCAAUUGUGCUUACGUGCAGGAAUAUCAGGAGAUGCAUCUUUAGCUACUGUGCAGGUGUUGUAUCCCUAACUAAAAUUUCCCUCCUGUAGCUAAUUUUCAGUUCCUUAUAAUUAAAUGCACAGUGUCUAAGAAACUCUCCUAAAGUGAACUAUUUACUUCAAUAUGAGCAGCAGUAUUCAAAAUCAUUUUUUUUAAGGAAAGGAAUCUGGAUGAUAUACUGGAUGAGAAAAUAAGUACGAGAGAGCACUUUUAUUUGUAGAGGAUGACAAUCAACAAAUGACAGGACAAAUCCAUGGCUAAACAAGGAAAGUUCUAUAUUCAAAUGAAUAUUCAAAAGCUUACAACGCUAAAGUGGCUAUUUAUAGUCUUAUAAGAAAUUAAAUCAAUUAACUAAUAAAGUCUAAAAUACUAAUUAAACACCCAUUAAUCUAAAUUAACAACUAAACAAAUAUUAAACUCAAAUGUACUAAUUAUCCUAUAAUUCUCCUCAUCAACAAACAAGGGAACGCAUAAGCCAUUGUGCAGUAUUCAAAGUUCUUAGUACAAGAGACUAUCCCUCGUCUAUUUACAGAGGAUGACAAUGAACUAACUAAAUCUAAUUACUAACUAAACAACAAGCUUCAAAAAAACAAAAAAUCUUUUCAUCUAUAAAAUGAAAAGGAAAUGUCAGGAAGCAAACUCCCUAUGUGAGAAGGAAGAAGAAAGGAAAAAAGGGCUUUGAAUAAGAGCAUCACUAACAAGAAAGAUGUAAGAAGAAAAACAGAAACAAUGAGCCAACAAAUUAAAGGAUCUGGGGACAGCAACACUAAGAAACCACUAGACUUCAACGAAACAACCCCAAAUUAAAAUUCCACGAGGAAAAAAUCCAAGGCCUACCAACAUUCUAUUAUUCAUAAAGCUUAUUUUUUAAAAGACACAUUAAAUAUACUAUCCACCACUCUUCUACGUUUUUAGUUUUUAAUCAUUCAUCCGCUAUUUAUAGGCCCAACUAUCAAAUAUUUCCUUUGCACUUCUAUCUUGUUUCAAACAUUGAAUUUUCAGUCUUUCCUUUAGUAACUCAAGCAGAUUCUAUAUUUCAUAUCUUGUAUUGCGAAUUCUUCUGUGUGCUCUGUUUUUCAACUGCAUUUUCCAGGCUAAUUGUGCAUGGAUAUUGUACAACUCACAACACAAAUGGUAAAGGUUUUCUUUCAGCAACACUCGAGGGUUUCACUGUUUUUGAUGAGCGUGAGGGAACUGAACUGUAAUUCAGGCGGGCAAUUGGAAUUUCUAACAGCAUCAGCACAGCUCGGCUGCGCAUACCAAAAUCAACUCUCGAGUGAUGUAAGUACCAUGGAAGAAAAUAUUUCUCAAGCAGUUCAUACAAUGCUUAUUCUUGAUGCAAAAUUCACACAGUUUUCAACCUUUUUUUUUUUUUUUUUUUUUCCUGUUUUUUUUGUUUGUUUGUUUUUGUUUUUGUUUUUUUUUGGGUUAUUAGUUCAAAAACCUCAACUUCUUGUUCCACUUGAUUUUCUCCUGGCCGUUGUUUUUUUGUUCCAACCGUUGGCAAUAUGUUGUCAGAUGAAGAAGAUAAGAGCUAUUUACAUGUUACUGAUGCUGUUGUCUUGGAUUAGUCACCUUAUAGGCAGCCAUUUUCUGAACUGCAUAUAUCUCCUUGAAAACUUUUAGUAGCAGAUGAUGAAAACUCGGAUCAUUUCAUCUAGGAUGGUAAUGGUGGAGUAAUGCAAUUAUCAGAUAGAAACAGAGUUGAUCUCUCAGCACCUAGCAAGGAGGCAAUGAUAUAUAUUGGAAAUGGGAAGAAAUUGCAGUUUUUUUUAUAAGAAAUUUUUUUAUUGAUGCAUGAAAUUUAUAAAAGAAGGGCUCAAACUAAUGGAGUAACAAAAGACUUCCCCAAUUGGUCAAAAGAGAUGUAAGAUCAAAAGAAUUAUAGAAUUAUGCACACUUGCACCAUGACAUAGCAAGGUAAAUAUGUUAAAAAACAUUAUUGAAGAGGUGGUUGUUUCUCUCCUUCCACAUAAUCCAUGUGCCACAUAAUCUUCUCUUGUCCA